GGAAGGACAACAGGCAACGUUGUAACAUCACGGAUGCUGUAAAUCAGAGAGAGGAGAAGCCACUGAGUCUGCCCAAUCUUACAAGGACACAGAGGAUCAGGGAGAGAGUGCGGACGCCGGCAUUCCUCAUCAACCACCUUGUAGUUGCUGACAGCUCCUGGCAGACGUGCAGGCAGGAUGAUAGCGGCUCAGCUUCUGGCCUACUACUUCACCGAGCUGAAGGAUGAUCAACUCAAGAAGAUCGAUAAGUACCUGUACUCCAUGCGUUUCUCGGACGAGACGCUGAAGGAUGUCAUGAACCGGUUCCACAGGGAGCUGGACAAUGGGCUCAGCCGCGACACGAACCCCACCACUGCUGUGAAGAUGCUGCCCACCUUCGUCCGGUCCCUCCCUGAUGGAUCAGAAAAGGGAGACUUCAUAGCCUUGGACCUUGGGGGGUCGAAUUUUCGCAUCCUGCGUGUUAAAGUGACACGGGACAAGAAGCAGCCGGUCCAGAUGGAGAGCCAGGUGUAUGAGACCCCUGAUGACAUCAUCCAUGGGAGUGGUACUCAGCUCUUUGACCAUGUCGCCGAGUGCCUGGGUGAUUUCAUGGAGAAGCAAAAAAUCAAGGAUAAAAAGCUUCCUGUGGGAUUUACAUUCUCAUUCCCCUGUAUCCAAAACAAACUGGACGAGGCCGUCUUAGUCACAUGGACAAAGAAGUUCAGAGCCAGUGGUGUUGAAGGCAUGGAUGUUGUGAAGCUACUGAACAAGGCCAUUAAGAAACGAGGAGACUAUGAGGCUGACAUCAUGGCAGUGGUCAAUGACACAGUGGGCACUAUGAUGACCUGUGGAUUUGACGACAGGCGCUGUGAAGUGGGCAUCAUUAUAGGAACCGGUACAAACGCCUGCUACAUGGAGGAACUGCGCCACAUUGACCUGGUGGAGGGAGACGAAGGCCGCAUGUGCGUCAACACUGAGUGGGGUGCCUUCGGGGACGACGGCUCCCUCGAGGACCUUCGCACAGAGUUCGACCGAGAGAUUGACAGGGGUUCCAUCAACCCAGGAAAGCAGCUGUUUGAGAAGAUGGCCAGUGGGAUGUACAUGGGAGAGCUCGUUCGACUCAUCCUGGUCAAGAUGGCCAAAGAGGGCCUGCUGUUUGAGGGACGGAUAACCCCGGAGCUCCUGACCAAAGGAAAGAUCGAGACCAAACAUGUCUCUGCAAUUGAAAAGAGUAAAGAAGGACUGAAGAAAUGCAUGGAAAUCCUGACGAGGCUCGGCGUGGAGCCUUCGGAUGAAGACUGUCUGGCUGUGCAGCACGUGUGCGCCAUCGUGUCUUUCCGCUCAGCAAACCUCAUCGCUUCUACACUGGGAGGCAUCCUCUGCCGUCUAAAGGAGAACAAAGGAGUGGGUCGCCUUCGCACCACUGUGGGCAUCGACGGGUCCAUGUACAAGAUGCACCCUCAAUACGCUCGCCGCCUGCACAAGACUGUGCGUCGCUUGGUGCCAGACUGCGAUGUACGUUUCCUUCUGUCCGAGAGCGGCAGUGCGAAAGGCGCAGCCAUGGUGACGGCAGUGGCCUACCGUCUGACGGAUCAGGCGCGUCAGAUUCAGCAGACGUUGGCUGAAUUCCGGUUGAGCAAGGCCCAGCUGUUAGAGGUGAAGAAACGCAUGAAGGUGGAGAUAGAGAAAGGCCUCAAGAAGGAGUCGCACGAGGAGGCCACAGUCAAGAUGUUGCCCACCUUUGUCCGGAGUACACCAGACGGAACAGAGAAUGGGGAUUUCCUUGCCCUGGAUCUUGGGGGGACAAACUUCCGUGUACUACUGGUAAAGAUUCGCAGCGGGAAGAGGCGAUCAGUGGAGAUGCACAACAAAAUCUAUGCCAUUCCUGCAGAAGUCAUGCAGGGCACUGGAGAGGAGCUCUUUGACCACAUUGUUUACUGCAUCUCCGACUUCCUGGACUACAUGGGGAUGAAAAGUGCUCGACUGCCACUGGGUUUCACGUUCUCCUUCCCCUGCCAUCAGACCAGCUUGGACGCAGGUAUUCUUGUAACCUGGACCAAAGGCUUCAAGGCCACAGACUGUGAAGGCGAAAAUGUGGUGGAGCUUCUUCGAGAAGCGAUCAAGAGGAAAGAGGAGUUUGAGCUGGAUGUGGUUGCCAUAGUAAACGACACAGUGGGGACGAUGAUGACUUGUGCAUAUGAGGAACCCACUUGUGAGGUGGGACUGAUUGCAGGAACGGGCAGUAACGCCUGUUACAUGGAGGAGGCGAGGAACAUCGAGCUUGUGGAGGGAAACGAGGGCCGUAUGUGUGUCAACAUGGAAUGGGGGGCGUUUGGAGACAACGGCUGCCUGGAUGACAUCAGGACUGUGUACGACCAAGCGGUGGAUGAGAACUCACUCAAUGAAGGCAAACAAAGAUAUGAGAAGAUGUGCAGUGGCAUGUACCUGGGAGAGAUCGUCAGGCAGAUUCUGACUGAUCUGACCAAACGUGGAUUUCUCUUCCGGGGAAAGAUCUCAGAGGCGCUGAAGACCAGGGGCAUUUUUGAGACAAAGUUCCUGUCACAAAUAGAGAGCGAUCGUCUGGCACUGUUGCAGGUCAGGGCGAUCCUGCAGCAGCUGGGGCUCGACAGCACCUGUGAUGACAGUAUUAUCGUCAAAGAGGUGUGUGGCACGGUGUCCCGUCGCGCGGCUCAGAUCUGUGGUGCCGGGAUGGCUGCUGUGGUGGACAAGAUCCGUGAGAACAGAGGACUGGAACACCUGAACGUCACCGUGGGCGUGGACGGAACCCUCUACAAGCUGCACCCACAUUUCUCACGGAUCUUCCACCAGACAGUAAAGGAACUCGCCCCAAAAUGUGACGUCAACUUCUUGUUAUCCGAGGACGGCAGCGGCAAGGGCGCUGCCCUCAUCACUGCCGUGGGAUGCCGCCAGAGGGAGAUGGAAGCACAGCAGCAUUGAGGAGCUCUGAUCUGAGAACUACCUGCUGCUCCACCAAAACCCCUUCGCCCGUCACUACGCAGCCCCAGCUCCAUCUCCCCCAGCAGCCGUGACUCCACCUCUUCCCCUAAUGACCCUCUCCCUAGUCUGCACAGCCAGAGAGACAUACUGCAUGCAUAGGAAAUUAUCUAAAUAUUUAUUUAUACAGAACCACAUGGUUUAUUAUUUCCAUGUUUGUACAUUUUCCUCAAUAGCUUGUCAAUAAUCUGGUAACUCAACUCCUUAGGUGUGCAAUAUUUGUGUAUUGCUAAUUUUAUUUUUAUAUGGAGGCAAAUAUAUAAGUGUAUUUAUAUAGCUGAGGCCACUUUGAAUCCCCAAGGUCAUUAGGGUUUUUCACCAUAGACAAGAAAAUGUCUGCACUUUUUAUACAGGGAGUUACAAAGGCAGCAUUUUAAUGCAAGUUCGGAAUGAAGGACGUCCUUCAGAAAACUACUUCCAGAAAAGGCUCAUUGCACAGGGUGGAACGCAAAGAGUCACGGCUGUUAAAAUCAUCCUCAUUUUAUGUGCAACAUGCUCAGAAGACAUGCUAGACUAACCACUAACCCUGUUGUGUAAUUGUUGGCGUAACACACACAUUAGCAUACUCCAGCAACACUUCACCAUUUAAUCCUUAAAAGCGGAGAAGGUAGAAAUGAUCCAGCGAUCCAGAGUGUUUGUGUAUCCUGUUGCUAUUUGUUAACUACUAUACUUUUGAUGUUGUGAUGAAUCCCACUUCUACUCAUUGAAUGUGCAAAGAAUAAAUGUUUAUUGGGCUCCAAGUAAAGGGUGGACACUACUACAAGUGCUUCUGUGUGUAUUUGUGGCUUAGUGUCUUCUGUAACUACCUGCUGCUUUCAAUGUCCAAAGUUGUCAAGAGUGCACGUCUUGGUUACAUUAAGACAAAUACGCAUACCAGAUUUUUUUUUUUUUCUACAUGGAUAGAGAUUUGUGAUCAAUGCAGUGAAAAGUGAAUUCAUUAAAUUAUAUUUUGUUGUGGAGUAAA